CGACGCGCUCCGAAUAUCCCGUCUGCGAGACGCAAUUUCCCCGGUUUCCUCCCCGCGUCUCGCAAUCAGAUCGACGACAAUUUCGCCGAGGGCGAACGGAGCAGUGUAGUGUACGACAGUUAAUAUAAGCGGUAAUAAAAUUGUAGGAAACGACGAGCUGCUUGUACGUUGAUUGUCGUCGGAUCUCGGUGAUGGAUAAAAGUGAUUAGCGACAAUUUCUUUGUAAACGCGGAAUAAACGUGAUAAAGAGAUCGUUUGACGAGGAGGCAGCGUGGCAGGUUCUUCCAGAUCCGAGUCGCGAGCCCGGUGAACAUUAACGGUUUCGUAACGUCAAUAUUAUAAUUUCCUACUUAACGAUGCGAACUGCGAACAGUGUCACGUUGAUGUUCUUGAGCGGAAAGUUUUAGUACCGGCGUUACGUAACUGUUGGCUGGCAUUUAGCUGGGAGCCGAAUUUGGUUAUCGCGCAUCGACGCAAGUUAUCGCCACGACGUUCGAUUGUGCCCGAUAACGAUAUUGCUCGGCAGAAUCGGGACUAGACCUUUAGUGAACGAAAGUAUUUCUUCUACGGCAUAGAAAAUAAUAAGAGUAAUUUUAACCAGUUGCAUUUAACAUAUUAAUAUUAAUUUUGUUGCAACAAUUGCCAUUGAUAUUAAUUCUUUAAAGCGAUUGCCGUCCCUAAUCUGUUAUCGCGCAAGUGCCUCGUUCGCUAGGACUCUAGUCCCGGCUCUGUUGUUCGGGCGGAGGCGGAUUUCCGUUUCGUCAUUCGCGGACCGGCAGUGAUCGACGUCUCCGCGUCGCGCGCGCAAGUGAAAUCCCCGAGAGCUCGAGGAGAAGAUGAAGGCCUGGCAGGAAGCGGCGAGCUUGAUGUUGGCGGCACGCCAUGGUCGCGCGGUGUCGCCCGCAGUCCACAAUUACGAGCUGCUGUGCCUGAAGCGUCACCAGAAGUCGAGCUUCAUGCCGGGGCUGUACGUGUUCCCGGGCGGCACGGUGGACCCGGCUGACGCGAGCCUCAAGUGGCGCGAGCACCUCGCCGCCUUCGGCCUGGGCGACGACAGGCUCGCGUCUCUGGUGCCGAAGGCCGCGUCGCGGCCGCAGAUCUUUCGCCCGCCGACGGACGGCGAGCUGCUCAGGGAGGUCUCGCUGCGCGUCACGGCGAUUCGCGAGACCUUCGAGGAGUGCGGGAUCCUGAUAUGCCGGCGCGACGUGGACGACUCACCCUCCGGCUGGGCCCAGCACGUGUCAGUUCCCGGGGGCGAGCUGCGGACGUGGCAGGAGAGGGUCCACAAUAACGCGACGGAGUUCCUCGAGCUCUGCCGCAGGCUGGAGUGCUACCCGGAUCUAUGGGCGCUGCACGAGUGGCGGAACUGGCUGACGCCCACGACCGUGUACGAGAAGCGCUUCGACACCGCCUUCUACCUCACCUGCAUGCCCCGCGUGCCGCACGCCGAGUACGAUGCCGUGGAGAUGGAGGAUCUGAAAUGGGAGACCCCGGCGCGGUUCACCACGACGGGCGUCACGCUUCCGCCGCCGCAGCAGAUCGAGAUCGCCUGGUUGACCAGGAUCAAGAAUAUCGACGAUCUCCUGAACGUUGCCGUGCAGCGCAGUCGUGAAGGCGCGAAGCUGUACAUGCCGGUGCGCGUACAAUUGAAGGACGGCGUCAUGCACCUGCUACCCGGCGACACGAUGUACCCGAGGGAACUCAGCCUGUUGGAGAAGAAGGAUAUCGACAUGUCCGACAUCACCAUGGGUGAAUUCGAGAGGAGGACCGCGGUGAAGAACAGACUGGAAUUCCUCGACACGCACGUCAAUGUAAUCUUCACGGGCGAGGACGGCAAGGACGAGCGCGUGGAAUUUUCGAUGCCCGGUUACUUCAAGAAAGCGUACGGAAACACGAAGGAAUAAAGGCGGACUCCGGCGCGUGAACAAUAGCAGAAAUAUUCCAAGUAUUUUUGUACGUCGGGGAAAUUGUCGAAAAGGUUUCGGUGCGGCGACAGUGCACAAAUGAUCGCCGUUGUAUUUUUGUAAUACACUUUUAUCUAAUAAAUUGUUAAUGUAAACACGCGAA